AUGACUGCCAUUAAAAUUGAUAUAAUGUCAAACGACAACAAUAUCAGUAAUGGAAACAGUUCAUCAGAAAUAGACAAUUUAAAACGAAGGCAUCCAACAAAUAUAAACGGCUCUCCCUACUCUAAAAAUGCUUACCACCCCAUUCCUUUAGAACCUUUUGAAUAUGAUGAAAACGGAAAAUUUUUAAAACCAAUACGUUUACCUCAAAACAAGUAUCUUGCAUUUUGUUUUGAAAAUUAUGAUAUUUUAUUGCCCGUAUUUUUUACAUUUUUAUCAUUUUGGACAAGAUUUUAUUUAAUUUCAUUAUCGAAUAUUGUUGUGUGGGAUGAGGCUCAUUUUGGAAAGUUUGGAUCAUAUUACCUUAAAAGGGAAUUUUAUUUUGAUGUCCAUCCACCUCUUGGAAAAAUGCUUGUUGGUUUAGCAGGUUUAUUAGCAGGAUAUAAUGGACAUUUUGAUUUUCCAUCUGGUGAAAAAUACCCCGAUGAUGUAAAUUAUGUAUUUAUGAGAGUAUUUUUAGCAUCUUUUGGUGCUUUGAUGACUCCUUUGGCUUAUUUUACAGCACUUGAAUUGGAUUUUUCGUUAUAUGCUACAAUCCUGGUUACUUUGAUGGUUUUAUUUGAUACCGCUUAUGCUUGCAUUAGUCGAUUUAUUCUUUUAGACUCUAUGUUAUUAUUCUUUACAUUUGCAACUACAUUUUGUUUGGUAAAAUUUCACAAUAUGCGACAAGAACCUUUUUCAAUCGAUUGGUGGCUUUGGUUAUUUUUAACAGGUGCAUUCAUCGGAUGUGUUUCAAGUGUUAAAUGGGUUGGACUUUUUGUUACUGCUUUAGUUGGAAUUUACACAAUAGAAGAUCUUUGGGAUAAGUUUGGAGAUUUAACUAUGCCAAAAAUGAUUUAUCUUAAACAUUGGAUUGCCAGAAUUGUAUGUUUGAUUAUAUUGCCAAUCCUAAUUUAUAUGGGAUGUUUUGCUAUACAUUUUGCAAUUUUACAUAAUAGUGGACCGGGUGAUGCUCAGAUGAGUUCUUUGUUUCAAGCAGGUCUUAGAGGAAAUGAUUUUUCUAAUAAUCCUUUAGAAUUAGCAUAUGGUUCUAAAAUUACCAUUAAAAACAUGGGUUAUGGUGGUGGUCUUUUACAUUCACAUGUUCAAACAUAUCCAACAGGAUCAGAACAACAGCAAGUCACAUGUUAUCAUUAUAAGGAUGUAAACAAUGAUUGGAUCGUGAAUAAACCAAGAGAUAACUUAACAAUAAAUAAUGAGACUGAAAUAGAAUUUGUUAAAAAUAAUGACGUUGUAAGAUUAUUACAUGUAAACACAGGUAGAAAUUUACACAGCCAUCCAGUCAAUGCGCCAAUUACAAAAUCACAAUAUGAAGUUAGUGGAUAUGGUAAUGAUACAAUCGGUGACAAGAAUGAUUAUUGGAAUAUAGAAGUAGUCAGCGAUAUUUUAUAUGGCAAAACUGAUGAUAAAAUUAGAUCCUUGACGACUGCAUUUAGAUUUAAACAUCAUACCCUUGGAUGUUAUUUAAGAGCUGCUAAUUCUAUUUUGCCACAAUGGGGAUUUAAACAGGUCGAAGUUACUUGUGAUAAAAGAAACAAUCCUAGAGAUGUUCAUACUCAUUGGAAUAUUGAAAAACAUUGGAACGAUAAAUUGCCACCUGGAAAACAAGCAGUUUAUAAGUCAAAAUUUUUACAUGAUUUUUGGCAUUUAAAUGUAGCAAUGUAUACAACCAACAAUGCACUUGUACCGGAUCCUGAUAAAGAAGAUAUUUUAGCAUCAACGCCCCGUCAAUGGCCAAUAGUAGAAGUUGGUUUACGUAUGUGUAGUUGGGCAGAUGAUGCAGUAAAAUAUUAUUUACUUGGUAACCCUAUUGUAUGGUGGUCGGGCACUGCUUCUUUGAUAAUUUUUGUGUUUUUAUUUGCCUGGUAUAUUAUUAGAGCACAAAGAAAGUAUUCAGAUUUUUCAUCAGGAUGGUUUUUACAUUAUAUACCAUUUUGUAUUAUGGGUAGAGUGACUUAUUUACAUCAUUAUUUUCCAGCUUUAUAUUUUAAGAUAUUAUUAGUAGGAUUUUUAUUUGAUCAUUUCACUUCUUCUCUAAAACCAAAAACAAAAGCAAUAGUCUUUGGUAUAAUGUAUUUGUUGGUUGUAGGAGUAUUUUUGUGGUUUAAAGAUAUUGUAUUUGGUAUGGAUUAUCCUAAUAGAGAUUAUCACGGUAGAAAAUGGCUUAGUACUUGGAAUAUUGUUGAUUAA